AUGACUGAUAGUGCCAAUAAGGAAGCUCCUUCAGAGCACAUCAACAUCAAAGUGCAAGGGCAAGAAGGGUCAAUUAUUCACUUCAAGAUACGGAAAAGCACACCUUUCAAGAAAUUAAUUACUGCUUAUUGCGAUCGGCUGGGCGUUAAUCAGUCUGCUGUGCGGUUUUUUUUCGAUGGAAAUAGCGUUCAUGAGACUGAUACUCCUGGCUCGUUGGAAAUGGAAGAAAAUGAUACCGUUGAAGUUUUCCAGGCACAAACUGGUGGAUUGUAA